AUGAAGUUAAUUUCAUGGAUUCAAUAUUUGAGUUCACUUCUGGAAGCUUCGAAAAGAAAUACUGUAUGGAGAAUGAUGCCAUGUAAUUACAUCUUGGCAACCCAGCUUUUUCAUACGAUGUAUGUUUAUGAAUUGGAACUUAUUUGGAUGCGCAAAAAAAGUAUAGUGGAAAGAGAUGUUUUUCAAAUGAAUAACGUCAGAAUAAAGAGAUUAUUUCUCGAACCCCCAUUUUCAGCUAAAGUAAGUUCUCCAAAAAGCGCUUUGUUCACAUUCAACACCCGCGCAAAGCAUCAAUUUCGAAAGGGUGUAGAUGGUUGUAUCAUCGUUCGAGAGAAGUUUGUUGGUAUUAUGACGAUCGAUAGAAUAAAUUUGUGCGACAAUAUUCCAAUGUUGUUCAAUUUCUCCAGGAAACUCAAUAAAGUUAAGGAAAAAUGGCCGACAAAAGAAUUACACAGAAGGAGAAACUUUUGUCAAAUGUUUUCUGAAAACGAGACAGACGAACAAGAUACAUCAAAUUAA